AUGAUGUUAGAUGAAAAGUACGAAUACCCCCUCGAAAUCCGAUGGUCGCUACCACCACUCGCAUACAUCGGAUUAGCAUUAGCUAUAUCCUCAAGUUUAGCCAUUGGCACGAGUUUUGGGUUAAUACAAUCGGAAGAAAAGCAUGGCUUCUCCGGUGAUGGCUUUAUCUAUCUUAGGAAUCCAUUAUGGUGGGCUGGAAUCGGAACUAUGGUCAUCGGAGAAAUUUGCAACUUCGCCGCAUACGCUUUCGCUCCGGCUAUUCUAGUUACACCCCUCGGCGCUCUUUCCGUUCUCAUCGGUGCUGUUCUAGGAUCAUACUUCUUGAAGGAAGAGCUGGGAACUCUGGGCAAGCUCGGUUGCGCUAUCUGCCUGCUGGGCGCCAUUAUUAUCGUUCUUCAUGCGCCUCCCGAUGAGGAUAUCAAGACUAUCGACCACAUUCUUGAACUUGCGCUUCGACCGGGUUUCCUUCUAUAUUGCGCCGUCGUAGCUAUCUUCGCAGGUGUUAUGAUCUACAAGAUUGCCCCUCUCCAUGGCAAAAAGAACCCUCUGAUCUAUCUCUCGAUUUGCUCCACCGUCGGUUCCGUUUCGGUCAUGUCCGUAAAGGCCUUUGGCAUUGCGCUUAAACUCACCUUCGCAGGAAAUAACCAAUUCGUUCACGCUUCGACAUAUGUCUUCAUGGUCCUUACGGCACUUUGUAUUCUCACCCAGAUGAAUUACUUUAACAAGGCACUCAGCCAAUUUAGCACGCAAAUAGUUAAUCCUCUUUACUAUGUGACAUUCACUACCGCUACUCUUUGCGCCUCGUUUAUCCUCUUCUCCGGGUUUAAUACCACCGACGUCGUUAACACGCUCUCUCUCCUCUGUGGAUUCCUUGUAACAUUUACGGGUGUUUAUCUGCUAAACCUUUCGCGACGUGAUCCUAACGGGUUGAACAUGUUGGCGGGGCAAAGCACUGAUGCUACUGGUACGGACAUGAUCUCGAGUCUUCAAACUCGUCUUAGUAUGCAAGCUCGACGCAGUACGGGCUCACGGAUAAGCGUAGGAAGCCGAGGACAUUCCGAUAGAGAAGGUCUAAUGCGAUCUUACGACCUCGAACAACAAGUAGGUGAAUACGGCCUCAACGAUCUCACCGAAGAUAGCGACGACGAAUCUUCAUCGAGGAGAAACGGUAGCCUACACCCCCCGAAAACCCACGAAUCGAUCGAGUUACAAAACCGAAAAUCGUCUGAGCGAUGA